AUGACUACCAGAACCGUGGAUGUUAAGGGCUCGAUGGCGUCGAUGAGCGGGUCAUCGAUGCUUGCCACGAUGGUGCCCACGGUCGGACAGCGGCCAUUCAAGCCAUGCGCGAACUGCAACUGCACGCCGGGGCAGCUCUGGCGGCAGGGCCGGCGGACGUCGCAGUUUCUUCGUCGGAUAUCCAACUCGAGAAAGGCUUCGUCGCCGGCAGGGUCGCGCGGGGGCUCGAACGAAUCGAUAUACUCCAGCGACAGCCUCUGGCAGACAAAGCUCGUGACGACGACGGAGCGGUUGUUGGCGCUCCGGAAGCAAAUGGCGGCGGAGGAGUUGUGCUGCUACGUGAUUCCGUCGGAGGACGAGCACAACUCGGAGUACGUGGGCCCUGCUGACCUGCGCCGGCAGUUUAUAACGGGGUUUAGCGGCAGCGCGGGGGUGGCGUGCGUGUCACGGGACAUGCUCAACUUCAACACAGACAGCCCUGAAGGCAAAGCUGUUCUCAAUACCGACGGGCGCUACUUCAACCAAGCCCGGCAGGAGUUGGACCACAACUGGACCCUCCUCCGCCAGGGCGAGGACUCUAUGACUUGGGUCGACUGGUGUUUGAACGAGGCCUACGAUAUGUCUAUUAGCUUGGGAGGUAAGCCUGCCCGUAUCGGUAUUGACCCCAAGCUCAUUGUCGACUCGAGGGUUUUGUCGAUCAAGAAGCAGAUUGCAGACAAGACGAAGGGGACCAAUGCGGUAAUCGAGCUUGUCCCCGUGGAAAAGAACUUGGUGGAUGCGAUUUGGGCCGAGUUUGAGGAACCUCCGAAGAGGGAGCUAUAUCCGCUAGUCUUAUUGCCGUCUGUUAUCAGUGGUGAAUCGUAUCAGACGAAGCGCCAGAGGUUGAUGAAGCAAUUGAAGGAGAACUACGCCGGCCACACGGCUUUUUGUGUGACGGCGCUCGACGAGAUAUGCUGGUUUUUAAACAUACGUGGCUCGGAUGUCGAGUAUAAUCCUGUCUUCUAUGCCUAUUUCGUCAUUCAUCAAGACUCAUCGGUACUAUACACAGACAAUCCACUAAGUGAAGAAAUUGAGAAAUAUCUGGCGGACAACGAUGUUGCUGUGAAGUCUUACGCUGAAGUAUGGUCCGACUUGAAGGAGCUAGAUGUCAAGUUGGAGUCUGCGAAGGAGGCGAUAUUGCUCCCCAGUACAGCUUCAUGGGCUAUUACCUCCAACGUCUCAAACGCGACUUACAAGCUAGUCUCAUCUCCACUUGCAGCUUUCAAAGCCGUCAAGAACGAAGUUGAGAUCAAUAACGCACGCGCAAGUCAAGUGAAGGAAGCUGUGUGUUUGGUGCAGUUUUUUGCAUGGCUCGAGGAGGAGCUGGUACAGAAGGAGAAGUUAAUUGAUGAGUACAAGGCCGCCACGAAACUACAUGAGAUUAGGAAAACCCAAAAAAACUUCGUUGGAAAUUCCUUUGAGACCAUCUCAGCCAGUGGUUCCAAUGCGGCAGUCAUCCACUACAGUCCUCCCUCUGAAGGAUCAGCGAUGAUAUGUCCUUACAAAAUAUAUUUAUGUGACUCUGGAUCGCAGUUCUUGGAGGGCACAACGGACAUUACAAGGACCCUACAUUUCAGUACCCCUACCCAGGAGGAGGUUGACAGUUACACGCUCGUUCUUAAGGGCAACCUUGCUCUCGAACGGCUUGUCUUCCCAGAAGGCACUACAGGUAACAGCAUUGAUGUUAUUGCCAGACAAUUUUUGUGGGAGCAAGGGCUAGACUACAGGCAUGGGACGGGCCACGGUAUUGGUUCCUUUUUGAACGUGCAUGAAGGCCCUAUAGGUAUCGGGCCGUCUGUGGCCUAUGCGAAGUACCCGUUGGCCAAGGGUAACAUUAUCUCAAACGAGCCAGGUUUCUACAAGGAUGGCGAAUUUGGAGUGAGGAUUGAGAACGACAUGUUGGUCUUGGAAGCCGAGGAUCUCAAAUUCGGCACGCGGAAGUUCUUGAAAUUCGAAAAUAUAACACUCGUUCCUUACUGUAGGAAGCUCAUUAACCCAAAGCUUCUAACGCCAGAAGAAAUACAACAGCUCAACAACUACAACAGCAGGAUUUGGUCUGCUGUUGCGUCACACUUGCAACCACAGAGUAUCUCAUACAAAUGGUUAAAGCGGGAAACAGCUGUUUACCGUUGA